AUGUUGUAUAAAAUAUUUGGAAGAUUAAAAAAGGAACAUAUUUUCGGCGGUUUAGCUGUUACAGGAACACUGUUCUUCGGCUAUAAGAAUUUACAAAAUUAUCUCCAAUACAACAACACAACUCCCGUUAAACUUAAUAAAAAUGAACUGCUGAAUGAGAAUUUGAGCAGUAUAUAUAAUAAUUUUAAUAAGAAAGACUUAAGUUUGAGGACUGGCGAUUUAAUAUUUAUAAAGUAUAAUCUGGACAAAUUAUCGUUUUUUAACAAAUAUAAAUUAUUAUUACUGAGGAAUUUAUCCAUUAAACGCAUUUUUGACGACAUUGGCCUCGUAUAUUCCAAUGAUAAAAAUGUUUACAUCUUACUCAUGCCCACGGUGGGUAUUAGGAAUAGAAGUAAUAUCACAGAACUGGGCAUUAGUGACAGGGGCAGAGGCGUAUUUGCUAUAGAGCUGGAUGACUUUUUAAAGGAAAAUCGACCUGAUUUAGUAUCAGUUAGAAGACUCAUUUGCUCCAAUACAACUCGUAACAACUUAAUUAAAUCCCUUAAAUCUACUAUCACUGAGUUGAAACAUGGAGUUAACAGUGGAAUUUACUCACUAGUCACCAAUUGGCUGGGUAAUGUAUCCUAUUACAGUGAUAGGAGAGAAGAGUUUAUAAAGGCCCUAACCCUUUCCGAUGAUCUCAAUUAUACAAUACAAUUACUAAUCAACACAACAAAACAACUUUUCGACACAUUAUCACGCAAUUUGGGACAUGAUUUGGGAACUAUUGACACUAGGGGGGGCGAAAAAUUUGAAAAAGCUAACACUUCAUAUUCUAGUGAAAUAAUUGACAGUUUAAUUGACGUAGAAGAGAAGUUAAACCAAUAUGAAGCUCACCUACAAAAGUACAACAACAUAAUCAAAAACUACACCCAAUCCAGUAAAAUAAAUAAAUUAAAGAUAAAUAAUGUAAAUUUGAAAAAAUACAUUUUGGGGGAGAUGGAUCUGGUGAAUAAAAUAUAUUCUAAAACCAAUUUGUUGCCUAAAAAUGGCUUGAAUUUUAGUAUGAAUAACUUCUUCGGUAUGGACAGUUUAUAUAAUGGAACCGGCGAGUCUGAGGCCGAUUUAAGGUUAUCUUCUCCCUUUAACGUUUACACUGGCAGCGUUAACAAAAUCAGGUUCCAAAAUCUCAAAUAUCCCCAAAUUCAGGAUAUUCUCGAUUAUAAACAUUAA